AUGAAGCUUGGUGGAAUCGUGGCAUUCGCCUUGCUGUACACCAUCAGCGCCCAACGCGAAGCACCGCCACCGCGACCGCUCAAGGAAGUUCGAGAGGAAAGAGAAGAGGCCCAGCAGGGGCUGGUGGCGUGCAGGUUGGCAGGCAAGACGCUGGAGGAAUGCCGCCAGGGCUUCGGCAACUCCACCGGUGGCACCCCCCCGGACAAGGUCAAGGAGCGUUUCGAGCUUGAGAAAGGUGCCCCCAAGGCGCUCCUGGGGACACUGGAAAACUGCACCAGGGACAUCGCGGCCUCGAAUGGCAGCUUCGACGAGUGCAAGGAUCAGAUCAAGAGCCUGGUGCAGACACUCAAAAAUGAAACGCUGUCAGACGCGGAGGUGGAGCGGGAGAUCAGGAAGAUUGCCGGGGAGAAGGCAAAGCACAUUGUCAGCACCUGCUCGGCUGCUGCCACAACCGAUGCCGCGAAGGAGGCAUGCUUGUCCAGCGCGGAAGCCAUGCAAGCCCUGGCCACGCUGACGGGUCGGACCCUCGAGUCUAUCCCCGAGGAGGAGCUCCGGCGCUUGUUCCGAGAAGGAGCUGCGGAGCAGGUGUCAGAGGAAGUCCGCUUGUGCAUGGAUGCGGCGGGCUCUGACACUGAGAAGAGAGCAUGCUUCUCCUCGGAUGACAUCCGAGAUGCCAUCGGCGAAUCCAUGGGCAAGGGCCGAGGCGAGGUCAAGGAUUCCGAGGUCAGGGAGUACCUGGAGGAAGGUGUGAAGGAAGAGAUCUGGACCAUGCUCGAGGCUUGCCCAGAGGACUCCAAGGAGCAGUGCAUGAGCGCAGCCAAAGACAUGCUUGCCGCGGUCACCGGUCGGGAGUCUUCUGCCAUUACCGACGACAUGAUCCGCAAGCUUCUGCACGACGAGAUGGCCAGCGAGCUCGGCGAGAGGAUGAGGUCCUGUAUGGACCAGGCCGUGGACAACACCGCCAAGGAAGCUUGCCGGACCACGCUUGCCGCUGAAGCCCUCGGCGUGGCGCGCGGAACACAGGGCGGCGGAGCACCUUCCCGCACUGACGUGGAGGAGGCCCUGAAAGAAGCUGGCCGUGACAAGGCCAAGGAGGUCAGCAAGGACUGCCAGGGCAGCCGGGAGGAGUGCAUGGAGCGCAUUCGGGACGAGGCUGCGAAGUCAAUGGGCCGCAGCAAGGAGGACCUGUCGGACAUGGAGGUGGAGAGGCUGAACAUGGACGGUGCUCGGGAUGCAGCCAAAGAGGCCGCCCGUGCCUGUGCUGAAGCCCGGAAGGAGUCCAACACAGCCACCUGCGCCGACCCUACAGAGGUCUAUGCAAGCAAUCGCCGGAUGCCCAUCGACGAUGAUGUGGACAGGAAGCGCAUCAAGCAAGACCUUGUGAAGGAGUCCGAGAAAGAUGCCAUGAGAACGUGCAUGGAGGAAUCCGACAAGACAGGCUUCGACCGCUGCAUGGGUGAGCUGGCAGAGCCGGAUGAGGUUGCAGGUGAGCUCUUCCGUGGCCUGUCGGAUGAGAGGAAGCAGAACAAGGAGAAGCGAGCCAAAGAAGAUGCAGCCGUGGAGGUCGUCGGUGAGCGAUUCCAGCUCUGCAUGGAAGCAGCCACCACCGAGGGCCAGAAGAAGGACUGCCAGGAUGCGAUGCGCGCUGGUGCAGGCAUGGCUGGCUUGAAAGACGAUGUGGAGGAUGUCGUGAAGAAGUUCCAGCGCAACACCGUGGGCAUGGCAGCUCGUGCUUGCAAUGAGACACAGAGGCCGAUGUGCAUCGAGCAAGCAAAGGAGGAGCUCAAGAAAAGUGGCCUCAAGGAAAGGGCCUUCGGAGUGGUCCGCCAGCUGGCAGAGAUGAAGGCGGCAGCUGAAAGUUGGGCCGCUUGCCAGGAAGACAGUGCCGAAGUGAAUGCGACGUGCGACUCCAUCGCCCAGGCAGAGCUGGAAGAGAUCAGCGGCUCGAUGUCCAUCUGGACCGAGGAAGUGGCCGCGAAGGUCAAGGCCCUCGGUGAGGCCAUGCUCGAGGGCCGGGAGAUUGUCCUGCGCAAACUUCACGCCAUCCUCCUGGAGACCUUGACGGAUGCCCUGAAUUGCUCUGACGCAGUGCUAGACAAGCUCGCCGAAAAAGCCCAGCAGACCUCGGAUGGCUUCAUGCCGAAUGCAACAAUGGGGCCUCGCAAUGUGUCCAACAAGGAGUGCAGGAUCGUCUGGGGACUGGCCCGCUACUACUGCAAGGUGCACACAAAGGACCUGAAUGAGACUGAGACAGAGGACUUGUCCGACAGCCUCGGCACAGACCUCGGAACCACUGAUAUUUCGGGGGUUCGCCGCCUUGGGCGACGUCUCGCGGUCAUCACGGACUCUUAUGCAGGGCAGGAGGAAGAAGAGACUACCAGCACAGCAGGUGAUGGUACUUCAGUUACCACCACUACUACCACUACUACCACCACUACCAGUGCUGGCAUGGGAUCCACAUCUACCUCCCACGGCUUGGUGACCAGUACCUAUUCCAUUUCAAGCAUUCUACUUACUGUUUGGCUUUUGUUUUAG